AUGCAGAAGUUGUUCCUUUCGUUCUGCGGGAGUCAAACUGAUGACAAAAUGAGAAUCUUCUCAGAAAAUGUAAAUCUUUGAAAACUCUCUCAACUAGAUUUACUAAUUGGUGUCGGAACUAACUUUGUGAUCGUCAUGAGUUCAAUCAGCCUUCACACCCUCCUGGGUCGAGGAAGUGUGGGUGUGGCCUCCCAGUUAAAGCUGCUCGGUGGAUUCACCACUUGUCCUUCUGCUUCGGGUGUUGGACCGUAUUUGCCGGUGUCGUCGUCGUCGAGGGAUGGUUAUCUUGGGGGCGUGGGUGGUUCUCGAGGUGUGGCUACCUCUCCCGUCAUGCUGGGAAAGAGAAACUUUCGCAAGUUCCAUUUGGGGAAUAAAAGAGGAACAAAGAUAUUUAGAGAAAAGAGAAAUGCCGGAUUAUACCCCGACAUCCCGGUGGAAACUGAAGUACGGGACACAGGAUUUAAAUACGGACAAAGGCAUCACCUCGUUCCAGAACUCAUACCUGAAUUCAUUGUGCCUGAUCUUACAAAUUGCCAGUUAAAACCAUACGUCUCCUACCGUGCUGGACAAACUUACCAGGAACCUUUCACACCUGAAGAUCUCUUCCAACACGUCUACUUUAACAAGAUGGACAAAGAUUAUCAAGAGGGUCUCCUUGAUGAACAAGGCAACUCUAAACAACCGUCCCCAGAAGAAGAUAUGACGGCUGAUGAUGCCUGGAAGAUGGCGAGAAUGACUGGCAGCGAUAUUUUUUCGGAACGGAUUCCUCGCAAUUGGGAAUGUCUGGAGAUAGACUUGGUUCAAUGGCGAAAGGAACGACAAGCAAAACACGGACUCGGGCAUUUUGCAGAUUUUAUGAAAGAACCGUACAGCCCAGAAAUGUUGCUCAAAGAAAAUGACAUUUACGAAGGAAAGGACGAGAAGAAGACAGACGACGUCUCGAGACCUGCUGCCGAGUCUUCCACACCAACAACGCCAUCACAUAUAAAAAAGAAAAGUGCUGUCGGAAAUUAGCCUUAAGAAAAGAUCAAUCAAUCAAGUCAUACGUUUUAUAAACAUUUAUUGCCCCACCCAGUCAACGUCAAAAAGUAAAAGUAUGAAGCACUAUUUGUUAUAUAUUCAAA